UCCGGGAAUCUCUGACAGGGCUGUCGACGCCGCCUUUUCGGCGACUUUUGGGUCUUCCGCUUCUUUUUUUUUUUUUUUUUCCCCUUCCUUUCUUUUUGUUGUCGCCGCCCCCAGCCUUCCACGACCGCGCGGGCCCGGCCGUCUCGGUUCUCGCCUCUCCGCCGCCCUGCCGGGACCUGGGUCACCCGCCCGAGCUGGGCCUCGCCGUGCCGCGGGCUGCUCCGACCUCGGCCAGCUCGGGCGGCAGCUCGGGCCUGGGAGCGCGUUGGCGGGCAGUGCCGCUGGGCCCUGCUCGGCCCCUCGGCGUGGACGCCGCUUUGUUUAAAAUAAGAUUGCUGAUAAAAGGAAGAGAAAGAAAUUGUGCAAGUCCGGUUGGAAAAUUAAGUAGAAGAAUACAUGUUCACCUUCAGUGAACAAGAGCAUGUUCCCAAACUCAAUUUUGGGUCGUCCACCCUUCACUCCAAACCACCAACAGCAUAAUAACUUCUUUGCUCUCUCACCAACUCUUUAUUCACACCAGCAGCUUAUUGAUGCACAAUACAACUUUCAAAAUAUAGACUUGUCUAGAGCUGUGACCUUACAGCCUCUGACAUAUGGAACUGUCAGUCCAAUACAGACCUCGACAUCCCCAUUAUUUCGAGGAAGGAAGAGAAUAAACGAUGAAAAAAACUUUCCUCUUGAUGGUAAACGGCAGCGUUUCCAUUCACCCCACCAAGAGCCAACUAUAAUUAACCAGAUAGUGCCUUUAUCAGGUGACCGAAGAUAUUCCAUGCCACCAUUGUUUCACACACACUAUGUACCAGAUAUAGUACGAUGUGUUCCACCUUUUCGAGAAAUUCCACUGUUAGAACCUAGAGAAAUCACACUGCCUGAGGCCAAAGAUAAGUUGAGUCAGCAGAUACUAGAGUUAUUUGAAACUUGUCAGCAGCAAGCAAGUGACUUGAAGAAGAAAGAACUCUGUAGAGCACAGCUGCAGAGGGAGAUCCAGCUACUGUUCCCACAAAGCAGACUUUUUUUGGUUGGAUCAUCUUUAAACGGAUUUGGUGCCCGGAGCAGUGAUGGCGAUUUAUGCUUAGUUGUUAAAGAAGAACCAUGUUUUUUUCAGGUAAAUCAGAAGACUGAAGCACGCCAUAUACUCACCUUAGUCCAUAAACACUUCUGUACUAGACUUUCUGGCUACAUUGAGAGACCUCAGCUGAUUCGUGCAAAAGUGCCAAUUGUGAAGUUCAGGGAUAAAGUCAGUUGUGUGGAAUUUGACUUAAAUGUAAACAAUACCGUUGGAAUUAGAAACACAUUCCUUCUCAGAACUUAUGCCUACCUGGAAAAUCGAGUUCGUCCGUUAGUGCUGGUGAUUAAGAAGUGGGCAAGUCACCAUGAUAUAAACGAUGCCAGUCGUGGUACUUUAAGCAGCUACAGUCUUGUACUGAUGGUUUUGCACUACUUACAAACCCUACCUGAACCCAUCCUUCCAUCCCUCCAAAAAAUUUACCCAGAGUCUUUUAGUACUUCUGUACAGCUGCACCUUGUACAUCAUGCUCCAUGUAAUGUUCCUCCUUACCUCUCAAAGAAUGAAUCAAGUCUUGGGGACCUCUUACUGGGCUUUCUUAAAUAUUAUGCUACAGAAUUUGACUGGAACACUCAGAUGAUUUCAGUUCGUGAAGCCAAAGCCAUCCCGAGGCCUGAAGACAUUGAAUGGAGAAAUAAAUACAUCUGUGUUGAAGAACCUUUUGAUGGAACUAAUACCGCCAGAGCUGUGCAUGAAAAGCAGAAGUUUGAUAUGAUCAAGGAUCAGUUUUUAAAGUCCUGGCAGAGAUUGAAAAACAAGAGAGAUCUGAACAGUGUUCUGCCUUCGAGAGCUGCUACCCUGAAGAGAUAGCUGGCCUCCAGUUCUUAACCUCUUCCAAGAAAUAAAGAACAAUAGUUACAUCCCAGUGCAUUUGUUUACCUCCAUCAUGGUUUAUUUUUAAUGUUGUUCUUGUUUUUGUUUUAUUUUUUAAAGGACAUACUUAUAUAAAGAUUACAUAUUUUAUUAUGACAUUUCCUAAUAAACUCUUUGAUUUAAAAAUGUA